AUGGGAAACACCAUCGGUUCUGCGUCUUCUUCGGUGAAGCAGGAUGUGCCCGAGACGUGGUCAACGAGUUUUACGGAGGGCGACACCGCGGCGCACAAUUUUGAGGUGACGGGCUUCUCGCUGCUAGACGGCAUGGGCGCCGCAACCUUUGUCUCGUCGAGCACAUUCUUCGUCGGCGGCUGCGAGUGGGACAUCACGUUCUACCCCGACGGGUGGAAGGCGGGCGGUGGCGCCCACGCCUCCGCUUAUCUGCGUCUAUGCAAUGGAGAACUAGGGUUGCAGACCAACUACACCCUGAGUUUAUUGGGCAAGGAUGGCCAAGUGUUUGUGCAACGGAGCAUAGAACAUACCUUCCAGUCCGCAGGUAUUUUUUGGGGCUUCGAGCACUUUGUCCAGAAGUCCAAGCUGCGACGGCUGCUAUCCGACAACGAGGACUGUGUAACGAUCAGGUGUGUUUUGACUGUCAUGAGGAAGCAUGACACUUUGGCCAUCCCGGCCCCGCCGUCAAAUCUGCAAGAGGAUUUUGCAAGGAUGUUGAAGGACGAGGAAGGCGCGGAUGUAACGUUCAUCGUGGGUGACAAAUCGUUCCGUGCUCAUAGACACGUGCUGGCGGCACGAUCACCGGCCUUCAGGGCAGAGCUUUUGGACCCGACAAAGGAGGACCCUACAAAACCCGUCAAGGUUGAUGACAUGGACCCCGUCAUCUUUGAGGCGCUUUCUUUAUUUCAUGUACACGGAUACGCCUCCCACAUGGUUGUGAUCUUGAGAAAAAACGCGACGCUGCAACAUUUGUUUGUUGUCGGAGUUCGAUAUGGCCUGGACAGGCUAGCGGCGAUGUGCAGGGAAACUAUGCCAAAAACAUAA